UUUGAAAUUAAUUAUGAUCGUAAAAUGAGCAGUAAACGGUAGGUACUUUCGCUGCUACACAUUUGCAUAUGGAUGUAUAUCGGCAUGAUGUGGUAACCUGCCAAUAAGGAGUGAGAAGGCAAGAGGAAAGUGCGAUCGGCUGGAGGUGGCUAAAUCGCCUAACGAGCCUUCAGUUCGUCUCAACGCGUCUCCGUACGCUUUACAGUCCUGUCUUUAGAUCAAAGGAACCAUGAAAAUCAAAAGUGUGACCAUUUUGUUGGUGAUACUUUCACUAUCUUUGAACACUGUCGACGUUGAGGCAGGAUGGAAGUUCUGGAAAAAGAACAAAGACAAAGAUGCGACCACAACAACAAUCGCUCCCGAUGCCGCGAAUCCCGAUCUGACGAAUGCAAACGCGGCACCAGGCACUACGUCUACAACUGCCAAACCCCCGAGUAGCCGCGAUAAUGUAGGACCUGCUGUUAUCGGGGCAGGUGAUCCUGGAUUGGCGAUUGGUGUCAGUUCAACCGGUGGGAAGAUAAAAGAGAAUGCACGGCCAAAUAAACCGAACCCAGGAACAGAAGUGGGUCUUGAUUUCCCGUCAGCGAAACCAGGUAAUCCAGCAGUCGGUGGUAAUACUGGCCAAGGAUACAGAGACUGGGCUACAGACCUCGCUGGAGUUGGAGACCCUGGAAGGAAACCUCCUCCUAAAUUACCUUCUGAAGGACCAGCAUUAGGCACUGGAGAUUCCAGACCAGCUAGUUAUCCUGGAAACACGCCAAAGCCGGCAACACCAGGUGCCAGACCACUUUCAGGUCCAGGUGGUGCACCAGUACAACCUACAUCACCAGGUGCUAAACCAUCAUCUCAACCUCAACCUCAACCACAACCACAACCUCAACCGCAGCAACCACAGCCACAACCACGACCGCAACAACCUCAGCCGCAGCAACCACAACCACAACCACGACCGCAACAACCACAACCACAGUCACCAGGCUCGAAACCUUCUUCAGUACCAGGACAACCUCAACCAUAUCCUAAUCUACCUGGAACUGGAGGUAAUCAAGUAUCAACCUUAAACGUGGGACCUUUGAAGCCUGGAGGUACUAGUCCUCCAUCUCCCACUUCUAGACCUGGAAGUCCAGGUUCUUCAGGAAAAACCUGGGCUGAUGUUGCGGGUGGCGGUAGUAGACCUAAUUCCCCUACACCUGCUCCAAGACAACCCGGUUAUCCAAGCCAACCUGGCUCUCCAAACCAACCAGGUCAAACUUCACCUAAACCACAAGUACCAGUCCAACCAUGGUCAUCCAAACCGUCUGCAGGUGCAAUCGCGGGAGGUGCACUUGCAGGAGGCGCUCUGGCAGGCGCAGCUGCAGCAGGAGCAGCCUCUACGACGAAGUACUCCAGCAAUCCUACUUACAGUAAAGGGAAUACGAUUACGGAUGAAGACCUGGAAAAGCUUUCCGAGGCUCUGUAUAUCAAAGACAAUAAUAACGCGAAUAAAUACAUUACACUGAAUCUGCAAAAACAGACAACCAGCAGCAGUACAACAGAUGAUGCGUCACAACCACUAUUCACGGUGAACGCACAAGCGUACCAAAUUCCAACGGUUGAAAGGGUAAUAUCAAUCUACGAUAAUUAUAAGCCGGAAACCAACGUGAACGAACACAUCAGCCCGUUGCAAAGACAAGAGGAAAGUAUGUUGGUGGACACCUUCCUUAGUACCAACGUGAUGUCUGCUGCCAUGAGAUUCCUCGCAGAUAAAGGAAAAAUUCGCAAGGAUUAUUAUGAAUACAAGGAUACCUUGAGAAAGAUCUGGUUUAAUCUAUUCUCGCGUGGACAGGGCAAGAUCGGCAGCUCAGGUUUCGAACACGUUUUCAUGUCGGAGCUUAAAGUUUCAACGACAGGCACCGAAGUAGUCGGUCUACAUAAUUGGAUCUACUAUAGCAAGGAGGAGAGUGGCGGACGAGCAGAUUACAAUGGAUACUUGAAGAAAGUCGAUCUUGGAGAUAAAGCCUCUAUCGUCAAAAUACGCACGAAAUAUAAUGGACACGAUAAGCCGGUAACUACUGUAUUUGUGGGUACCUCACCUGAGUUGGAGAUGGCUUUAUACACGGUGUGUUUCUACGCAAGACCGGAUGGAAAUUGUCCGGUCUCGUUGGGAGGGACGAAGUUCAACAUCGUUACAUACAAGUUCAAGUACAGAGGUAAUGACCUCAUAGGAACGGCGUACCCUGAUAUAUAAAUUUAAAUAAUCUUUGUUACAUUUUGACAAAAUAUGACGAUCAAUUUUUAAUAUGUAAGCCUGGUCCUUACACAUUCAGCUAAAGAAUAAUUUUUAAAACAAUCUGACGAAAUUUAUUUAGUAUUUACAAAACAUUGUAAAUUAAUAACAUAUACAAGGACCCUUUAUAUACAUAUUAAAAGCGAAUUGUAGUUAAUAUAACGAGAAAAAACGAAUGAUAUCAACAAGUGAUAUUAGUGUAAGCAGAGAUUUUUUAUCAACAAAAUUUGUACUAAUACUCAUCAAAUAAAGUUAUAUGCUCUA